GGAGCUGGGAGGCGCUUGCCUGCCUCGCACUUGAAGCAUAAACAGUGCAAUGCAUUCUGACGUUUCUCUCGCUCACACAGCUGUUGAGGUUGAGGAGCGAAGCUUGCGCAGCUCUGCACGUAAUUACUGACAAUUCAAAGGCGCACUCCGAGAACACCAUGUAUCCCGAUUUGGAACGACUUGGAGAGGUGGUGUCCAUGCCUUUCAUGUUCUGUCCGAGAAAACACUUUGCGUAAUUUACCCAGGAAUGCACCUUGAAGAAGGCAGCCAUUCUGGAGUGGAAAGCUUUAUUUUGAAACAGUGGGUUUCAGUCAGUUACGAGCAGCCAACGAAACUGCUUCAACAAUCUGUUUUCAGUAAGGAUCCCUUCUGAACAGAAAAUCUAAUCAACCAUAAAAGGCUGGAGAUAUCAAAGUUGAAAUGUUACUGUAGGAAAGAAAGUGGAGAACUUGUGGCUGUGCGCAUUCUGGUUUCUCCCAACGAAUGGUAUAUAUGGUUACGCGCACGUUGUGCUUUGUGAGAAGAAGACUUCAACCAACUCAAGAUGGUCCGCCUUAUUCUUUGUGCUUUAAUAUUAGCUUUGGUUGACUUGAAUUAAAAAAUAACUGUAGGUCUAUAGAACAUCCGUGGAAGUGACCGUUUAUUCCCCACCGUUCAAAUGCUGGAAUGGCUUGUGGUUUUGUGUAUUGUGAUUCUGGUGGCCGUUAUUUGGCCAGCUUCGAAAUAUUUUGCUACCCAGGGCGAGCCAGACGCACUCCUCCGGGAGCUCGGAAUUUCACGGCGGCAAACAAAGGAGAGGGACGUCUCAGACCGGGGGGUCCCGGUGGACGGUGCUAAUGCCCAGACACCGGACGUGGAAGGUGAUAAUAAAGUCCCCGCCGUUGCGCUGAUAUGCAAACCCUCGGCCCUGGCCAACUAUCUCCUCAAACACUGCAGGACUUUCAGCAAUUUCACGGCGUGCACGGGAUGGACAUGGCGGGCGAGUGCGUUUCUUCAGACCGUCUACGGCGCGUGCUGGCCGUACAAGAGCCGGGUGCAUUUCGUGCGGGACUACUUGCAGUUGAGCGACGAUGGUCUCGUGGCACUGGACUGGGCAGUGUCGGUGGCCGGUGCGUCGUAUCAGAAACGGAGGAGAACCUCGAGUAAUUCCACGAGCCCCAUCCUCCUCAUCAUACCCAACUCUUUCGGGAAAAUCACUAGAAAUGUGCUGAAGGUAGCCUCAUGAUUAAUGAAUGAUGAAAUGUCAUGCAAAAUAUGCUCAUAACCAGGCUUAUUCUUGUUCAUCAUGUGAAAACACCCUCAACCAUAAUGUGCCCAGUGCCCACCUACACCUGUUAUUAGGCCUGUGUGCUAAGGCUGUCUUAUGGUCUUAAUGGGGGCUACAUUAUACUAAUUGUCUUGCUCCUUUUUACCUCUGCUCUGACAAAAUAGCUGUUACUUAGAACAUAGCUUACAGUGUUACAGUACUAUGGAUGUCUAUUUGGGGCUGUUGUGGACUGUUUCAGGGGCAGAAAUAAGAUUUAUGUAAGCUCUAGAUAUCAUCUAUACACUAUGAAUUUACAGUAGCUUACAAGCAGCUUGGUGGCAAGUCUCAAAGCAAGUACUUUAUAUUGACAUGCAGUACAAUACCGUAAAAUUGUUUUAUACUGUAUUGUACUGUAAUCAGUAUGAAUGAAUGAAUGGAUGGAUGAAUUAAUUAAAUUAAUUGAGGGGAGGGGUUUGUAUUUCACAGUAUUUUACUGUAAUUACAAAGGAUUAGUGCAAGCAGGUUGGCUGCUAGGGAAAGUGUUGACACAUUACAGCAUAUUAAUGAAUAUUUUGUGUUUUAUAUCACUUGCACUUCUAGAGGCCUUAACAAAAGCUUCCAAAUUGGCAGCGACUACAGAUCAAAACAGACCAGAAGGGCAUGGCAAAAUGCUCAACCAUUUAAGAUUUAAGACUUGCUGCCACUCCAAUCUGUCCCCCAUACAAAUUGAUGGAGCACUAUAACCAGAAAGGAGUUAAAUUGUUACAGAAUUCUCACUCACAGGUGCAACAAAACAGCCUCUUACAAGGCACGCCUCAAAAUAUGUUAAUGAGCCAGAAACAACAAUACCAUGCACCUACUAGUGGUCAAAAGGUUUUUGGUGCUGCAAAGAUACAUUACGGUACUUUAUUCUGUGGGGUGGAAUUACAUUACCAUUUGAAAUACAGCAAUUAUUUCCCUCCCACAACAUUUGCCCACAAUGCACCAUCAUUUACCAUAUGUGGCAGAAAAACGUUUCAGCAUAUUUUACUGUUGAUAAUAACCCGAAUUACCGUAUAAUUUACAGUUUUCCGUUACAGUGUAGUUAUUAUGACUUAUUUGGUAAUCAUAUAUUAUAUGCAUACACAUAACAAAGCCUGUCUCAUGGUCAUACAAUUCACUGCUAUACCAUUGAUUGCUGAAGGUUCAAUCUGUGAAGUUAUUAGUAAUGGUGAAAUUACAUAAAUAGUGAAAUUAUGUUUAAUUCAUCAUUGCAGUGGUGUAGAAAAGGAGGUUGGACGAGAUAUGAGAAAGUACCAGUGCCAAUGCCUAUUCCCAUUGAGCAUGGGGGGCAUCUUGGUUCAAGUCAGUCUUGGCAAGGUGAGGAGGAGAGCAAGAAAGCGAACAACAAGAGCACAGUGCCAUGCAUUAAAACCAGGGUUCAAUAUAGUGAUUGUGGUAAUUGAGAAACACUUUACAAGGCUUUGCUCUGCCUGGGCGGGCUGUGAGUGAAAGGAUCACAUCACUGCAGCUGCACUCCCAAUAAUCUAGUCCCAGAUUGGUUUGUGCUGUCUUGCCAACUCAUACCACAAAUAAACAGAUCUGGGACCAGGCUACACUCCAAUGCCCAUUAGCCUUAUAAUGAUUCACUGUUCCCUGCGGUCCAGGCAAUGUUGCCAGAUUCUUUAGACAUUUUCUACCCCGACUAGAUCAAAAAACCUGCCCAAUCCACUAUAAAGCAGCCCAAUUGAGUGUAAAACCGGCCAAUCUGGCCAGGCUUGCAUUGUUACAAGCCUGAUUUGUGUACUCUGUUACUUUUGUGAGCAACAAUAAGUCACAAACUUGACCAACAGCACCCCCUACUACUCUAGUCUGUCAAAAAUGGGAGCAUUCAUAGGCGCUGAUCCACUAUCAACAGCCUGUCAGCAGUAGGCAUGUUUAAGUGAAUUAUUUUUAUGUCUGUAGCCUAGGGAGAUGAGGGAGGAAGAGAUAGAGAGGGAUAUGGGAAGAAAGAUUGAACUAAAAGCGAAUUCUGUCAGAUUUGACUUUCCUUUUUGCUGGGAGAUUGAGUGAGCAUCAGCGUGAGCGAGAGGGUGAAGAAAGAGAGAGUGAGUAAAGGGCAAAUUCUGUUAGAUGCUUUUUUAUUUAGUCUUUCUGGGUCAGCUCCAAGUGUGUGUGUGUAUGUGUGUGUGUGUGUGAAAGAGGGAGUCGGAAAGAGAGAGAGAGAGAGAGAGUGAGUGAGAGAGAGAAGGUGAGGGAAAGAGAGAGAUGCGAUGGAAGGCACAGGGAGAGGAAGAACGAGAUAAGGAGAGAGAGUACAUUUAUGUAUUUUGAGAGAGAUAAAUCAGUGUGUGUUUGGACAUCAUCCUUUCUAGAUGAGGCUUUGUCAUCCUUUUUCAUAAAGAGAUUGUCUUUGUUUUACCCCCUCCCCCAUGUUAUGUUAGUUGGGCGUAUACUGUAGCUUAUAGGCCUACAUUACAUCACAGCAAACUCACACACCAUAGAAGUGUCUACAAACAGAUGGUGAAUGGCAGGUGUUGCAGCUUGCGUACCAAAUGGCACCCUAUUCCAUAUGUAGUGCAUUAUAUAGGGAAUACGAUGCCAUUUGGGAUGCAGCCAUAUUCCUGCUCGGUCUUGCUGGCCUGGCUAUACAGUAUGAAAAGUAUGCAGAGUGUCCGGUGGAUGAUUUGUUAGAGGACAGUUAUAGGUUUUAUGCCCUCUACCUCCCUAACGGCCCUGAGUUGUAGCCAUCUAGUCUGCAAUCUUUCAGAGUUCAUUCUGACUAAGGCUGCAUUUCAGUCCAAAAAUGUUUUCCCCUCCCAUUUUCCCUCAUUAACUCCCCAACACAGAUCUGAGACGACUGGGUUGGUAUAAGCAUUGAGCUCCAAAUAGUUUUCACCAUAUUGCUUUCGCCUAUCCUGUACUGUCAGAUCUGUGAAGGGGAUAAGGGAGGGACCGAGAGAAGGGAGGGAACAACGUCGUGGUGAAAUGUGUCCCAUGACUCCUGUAUGCUCUCUUUAAGGUCAGACAUAGAGCCAAAGGUGAGCUCACGUCUGAGUGUGGAUUUUACAGCCUUGUGUCCAGACACAGGACACCAUACUGUCUACUACACAUGUAUUACACAAUUAGUCAAGACAAAUGCCUGGUUCAUAAAACACACAUUCUGUGCAUUGUUCGAAAUAAACCCUCAGUCUUUCAACAUGGCAGAAGCCCAAGUUCUGCGUUAACUCACGCAUUGUUGCACUAAUGAGGAAGUUGCUAUAAGCAUUUAAUCAAAAUAGGAAUGCUGAUGAUGAACUUGACUGUAGUAUAAUGACUUUGCCUCUAUGUUUAACAGUUGUGUUAGGACAGUGAUGAUGUCAUUUCUACUUCCUCCAUGUCUACGGUUGGUCGAGUCAGAGACAAAUAUCUUUGCUCUUGUUCACAGAGCUGUGUUCAGGCUGAAUGGUGGACCUUCAAUAUUUGUGGGAGUUUAUGAGAGUUUGGCAUCAAUUGUCUGAAGAAUGUGGCAUUGUGUAAAUGUGUGUGCAGAUGCAUGCGUAGGAGUGUGUGCAGGGGUGUGUGCAGGCAUGUGUGUGGCAGGAUGUACUGCGGGUGUUUGUGCAGGCGUGUGCAUGCUUCUGAGUGACAGUGUGUAGGUGUGUGUCUGCGACUGUACAGGCAUGAGUUUAAGUGUGUGUGUGGGCGUGUGCAUGCUUCCGUGUUUCUCAAGUGUCAGUGAAAAUAAUUCCUCAUGGACUCGACACUGGCAGCAUAGUCCAGAGGGAAAACAAAUGGAGGACUGGAGCAAAGUUAAUCUGCUUUAUACCUUACCAUCCUUAUGUUGGAAAACAGCUGUACUUCAAUGAAAUAGUGUAGCUGCCUCAAUACUACUGUGAUCCACUAGAGUAGUAGGAUGAAUUCAUUCAGAGAGAGAGAGAGAGAGAGAGAGAAGAGAGAGAGAGAAGAGAGAGAGAGAGAGAAGAGAGAGAGAAAGAGGAGGGAGAGACAGAGAGAUGAGAGAGAGAGAGAGAGACAGAGAGAGAGAGAGAGAGAGAGAGGGAGAGACAGAGAGCGAGAGAGAGAGAGAGAGAGAAGGAAAGGAUGAGACACAGAGAGAAAGAGAGAAACGCAGAGAGGAAGGAUCAUAUCCAGCUAUAAGUGCUCUUGCAGGUUUCUCAGCUCUGUAAAUAUUGAAUUCAGUGAUCUGUUACACUUCCUCUUGGUCUCUCUCUCUAAUCACUGUCUUCUUAUAGCUCUGUGAAGCUGUACAUUCAUACUCUGUGGGUGUGUUUGAAAUGGCACCCUAUUCCUUAUAAAGUGCACUACUUUUGAUCAUUAGUGCACUAUAUAGGGAAUAGGAUGCCAUUUCAGAUGCAGCCUGUGUUGUUGUUGUUACAGUUCAUAGUCAGUUGAAACAUGCAAUGUUGGAUUAGAUUUAUGUAGGGUUUUUCCAAAGACCUCACAUAAUCUGACCUCACAGUUCAUAGUCAGUUGAAACAUCAUGCAUUAAUGGAUUAAUGUAUUUAAAUAGGGCUUUUACAUUGACCUAACACUAUGGGAGCUCACACUGACCGCUGUGUCUCCAUCUGUCUGUCCAUCCGCUACCUCCAGCUUUGAUGAUGUCACAGUUCAUACUGUAGUGAGGUGAGACCUCACUGUGAGCUCAAGCUGACUCUGCUAUGUCAGUUCAAUUAAAUUCAAAGUGCUUUAUUGUCAUGAAUUACAUUAUGUUCUGUUUCUCUGUCCUUCAGCUCUGUGAGGUGGCGUUGUCCCAUGGCUACCUCCCCGUGGUGUUUAACCGGCGCAGCCACAACGCCACACCCCUCAGCACCGUCAGGUUGCAGCAGUUUGGCGACCCAGGGGACCUACGCGAGGCCGUGCGUUACGUCCGCUACCGGCAACCCGUGAGCCAGCUGUAUGCGGUGAGCGAGAGCACGGGGUCCGGUCUCCUCCUCGCGUACCUGGGAGAGUGUGGUUCAUCCAGCUACGUAACGGCCGCCGCCUGCCUCUCGCCAGUGUUCCGCUGCCAGAGCUGGUUCGAGAACGGACCCAUCUGGCCUCUACACUGGGCUCUGGUGACUUACCAGAGGAUAUGCCUCAGCAGGUAUGGGAUGGAGGUAGGGGGGAGGAAGAGGGGAAGGGAGGGGGGGAGGAUGGGAGAGGAGGAAAGGGGAAGGGGGGGGGGGAUUGGAGAGGGGGAGGGAGGGGGGGGGGGGGGGGGAUUGCAGAGGGGAGGGUGCGAGUGGGGGGGGGGGGAGGAGGGAAUGGGAGGGAGGGGGGGGAAGGAUGAGGGGGGGAGGGGGGAGGGGGGAGAAUGGGAGAGGGGAGGGGGGGGGGGGGGGGGGGAGGGAUGGGCGGGGAGUGGGGGGGAUGGGAGGGAGGCGGGGGGGACUGGCUUGGGGGGGGGGGAGGGGGGAGGAAUGGGAGCGGGAGAGAUGGGAGGGGGGAGGAGGGGGGGGGGGAGGGAGGGGGGAGGGGGGGGAGGGAGGUGGAGAAUGGGAGAGGGGAGGGAGGGAGAGGAUGGGAGAGGGGAGGAAGGGAGGGGUCAAACACACAGGUUAGGGAUGGAAAGGGAGGGAUGAGGGAGAGAGAGAGAAACCUGAUUGAGAAGAGGAGAAGAAAGGCAAUGAUGUCACAUACCCUGAUAUUAUAGGAUUUGAUUCAAAUACAAUACCAUAACCAUGGCAACCGGUGUCCUGCCCACCGUACUAUUGAUCUAGCGGGGCAUUGGGACCCAACUUGUGGUUUCACAAUCAAUGCUAACAAGGAUGCAGCUCUUCUAGAUUGAUUUACUGAUUGUACUUGUUUGUUUGUGUGUGUGUGUGUGUGGGGGGGGGGGGCAUUGUGUGUGUGUCUUUCUGUUUGCGUGUGUGUGUUCAUGAAUAUGUGUGUGUGUGUGUGUCUGUGUAUAUCUAGGUACAGGACAGUGCUGGGUGAAACAGUGCACACCGACACCCUUUUCUCCAGCUGUUCCCUGCGUGGCCUGGAGGAGGUGCUGUUCUGCCAGCCGCCUGGCCCUAAAGGAGCCCCGGCCCUAGCAGCGGGCACCAGCAGCAGCAGUGGGGGAGCCUGGGAGGCUUACUGGGAACGCAAUGAACCCCUCCGGGACGUAGACGAAGUCGCCAUCCCUGUUCUGAGUGUCUGUGCACAGGAUGACCCUAUCAGAGGAGACCCCCAGUCCACCCUACCCCUGGAACUCUUCGAGAGCAACCCCCACUUCUUCCUGCUGCUGACCACCAAGGGGGGACACUGUGGCUUUAACACCCAGGAAGGGAGUGCUUUCUCUGGGGGAGUGACCGGUGGAGGGACCCCUGGGACUAGCUGGAGCCACCGAGCCCUGCUGGAGUUCUUCAGGGCCACCACGGACUUCAUUGCGGCAGAGGAGAGGGCUAAGCUGGCUGCCAGACGGAGGGGCCUGGGGGGUAGCAGCCAGGGCAAAGCCUUCAGACAUCGUAGUGUUAGUACCUGUAAGAGGCUGCCCGCAUGCUCACAUAAUAUACACGCUAUCUACAACUGGCAGAGGUCUUAUACACGAUGA